AUGAGUUCACGAGGCCAGGACCGCGGUGGUGGCAGGGGAGGCGGAAGGGGCGGCGGAAGAGGAAGAGGUGGGGGUAGAGGUGGCUCGCCGAUGUCUGGUAGCGACAGGGACCCUGGAUCACCCGCAGGAAGGGGAUCGCCUGGGUUCCGGGGAGGUGGAGGUGGAGGUGGAUUUCGCGGAAGUCCAGGCGGCGGCGGAUUUCGAGGAGGACCAGGUGGCGGUGGUGGAUCAAGAGGCGGGUUCGGCGGCGGCCCUGUAAUCUUCAACGCCAACGUCCCCGCUCGCACGGACCCCAAACUCAGCGCACUCGAGGACAAACUCGUGGCCUCGUUCUCGUCGUUGAACUUGAGUGCGAAGGACUUCAAGCGUCCGCUCCGGCCAGGGUACGGCAAGGCGGGGAAACCCAUCACCCUUCGCGCGAAUUUCUUCGCCGUUAAGCUACCUAAAGGACCCAUAUACGACUACCAAGUCGACAUCACCCCCAAGACGGAUAUCAACCGUCUGAAGGAGCGCAUAUUCCAGCUGAUAGAGGCCAGCCCGCAAUGCCAACCAUUCAUUAACCACAUCGCGCACGAUCGCAGUGCUCGACUCGUUGCGGCCACAGAGCUUCCUCAACCUCUCGAGAUGCGGAUUCCGUUCUUGGAGGCUGGGCAGACGGUCCCAGGCCCCAAAGCGACAACAUAUAAAGUAGUCAUCAAGCACACUCAAACGCUCGACCCGAGUAUGCUAGCCAAACACUUUCAGGGUGCGGCGGACGCCCGAAAUUACGAUCCCCUUCCCCUUGUCGCAGCGCUCAACCUCGUUGUCCAGCGCCACGCAUCUCAGAACGCCAUUCGUGUUGGGCGCAACCGCCACUUCUUCCCACCCACUGGGCCAGGGGAAAGCUUUGGGCUUGGCCCAGGCGUCGAUGCAUGGAGGGGUUUCUUCACCUCCGUCCGACCCACUGUCAGUGGGCUCAUGAUCAAUGUAAAUGUCUGCAUGACAGCAUUCUAUACGCCCGGAAACAUGGCGCAGAAGCUGCUCAACUUCAGAGGACGCGGUGGUGGCUUGCCCACACUGCCGAGGGCCUUCGCGAAGGGGAUCAAAGUCUCCACUUCCCAUCUUGGGUACAAGCAACGGAAACCACUGAAGGCGAUAGGCACCAAGUCUGCCCGUGAAGAAAUGUUCGAUUGCGAUGAAUUGGGCGGGCGAGUCUCAGUCGAACAAUACUUUAAGCGAAAGUACAAUAUCACUCUUCAGCAUCCGGACGACCUUCCAUGCAUCAACAUCGGUGCCAAGCGGCCGAACUUCGUACCAGCAGAACUCUGUAUCAUUGCGCCCGAUGUCCCCUACCUCCAGAAGCUAAAUGACAACGAAACACGCGAGAUGAUCCGCGUCGCGUGCAACCCUCCAGCUGUGAACGCCGAGGCCAUCAUCCAGAACGGCUUCCCGAAGCUCGGACUGACACCCGCCACUUACCCCCCACACAUGAAUGGCUUCGGCCUCGAGAUUUCCAACGAAAUGACGGCGAUCGACGCGCGCGAGCUGCUCCCGCCGAACCUCUCGUACAAAGUGGGCAGGACGCAGGCGCGGGAGGGCAGCUGGAAUAUCUUGGAUGUGCAGUUCCAUAAGCCUGCGAGGGUGGAUAGUUGGUGGGUUUUGGUGGUGAGGGAUGGGCGGUCGCCGUUUUCAGGGCCGACGGACCCGGCGCUGCAGGGGCUGGUGCAGGGGUUUUCGAAGAAGCUGGCGAAGAGCGGGAUGGCCGUGCCUUCGCAGCUUCCGAACCUCCUGGUCACCGACCAGCUCCCAUCAGUGGUAAACGACCCUUCGCGAACACACGCGAUCGAUCUUAUCCGCCAGCGUAUCAAACAGGAACUCGCCAAAUUUAAGAAACCCAGCUUCAUCCUCGUUCUGCUGUCGAGCCGCGAUAACUUUAUCUACCCGGGUAUCAAGCGAUUGGGCGACGUGGAGUUUGGCAUCCACACGCUGCAUAUGCAGACGGGCAAGGCCUUGCCACCGGACCCCAAGAAGCAGGAUCAAUAUUUCUCAAACGUCGCGUUGAAAGUGAACACGAAGCUCGGAGGGCACAAUCACCUUUUGGAUGGCAAUGCGAUGCAGUGGUUGACGAAGACGAAGACGAUGCUAGUUGGUAUCGACGUGACCCAUCCUGGACCCGGAAGCAUUGAAGGAACACCUUCAAUUGCUGCGGUCGUCGCCAGCGUCGACUCCUCAUUCGUCCAAUUCCCCGCGAGUCUGCGCAUCCAACAAAGCAAGAAAGAGAUGCUCGAUGAACUUCGUGAUAUGCUGGUGGAGCGGCUCUUAGUAUACGAGGCCAAGAACAAGUCACUGCCCGACCGUAUAUUGGUGUUCCGUGACGGUGUCUCAGAGGGUCAAUACGAUACUGUCCUUGAAGAAGAACUCUCGCAGAUAUUCGAGACAUUCCGGAAGAUGAAUACUUCCGGCCGGGCAAAGGAAUACAAACCCAAGCUUUCUAUCAUCAUCUGUGGAAAGCGUCACCACGCCCGGUUCUACCCCACAGACUCAGCGAAUGCCGUCAAGAAUGGGAACACUAAGCCUGGCACUGUCGUCGACAGGGGCAUCACAUCGAUCUUCGACUUCGAUUUCUACCUCCAGGCCCACAACGGUCUGCAAGGCCAGGUCCGACCUACGCACUACGUGGUGAUUUACGACGAGAACAACUUCGGUGCAGACGAAAUACAACAAGGGGCACACAACUUCAGCUACCUGUACGCCCGUGCGACGAAGGCGGUCAGCCUGAUCCCUCCCGCGUAUUACGCCGACUUGGCCUGCGAAAGGGGGAGGUGCUACAUCAACGAUUUCCUUUCGGACGACAAGACAUCUGCGAGCGGCAAGAGGGCGGAUAAAGACGCUGAACGUGCAAGGGUGUUCAACGAAGCAAGGUUAAAAUGGGGAGAAGGGGUGCACCCAUCGCUCCGGGACAGUAUGUUUUAUAUUUGA